UUUGGGGAGUUGCUAACUCCUUAUCAAUUCUUUGAUCCUGUGCAGGAAGAAAUACAAAACUUGAAUUCAGAGGAGUGCAGAUUAGACGAGCGCAUAAGAGAAAUGCAGGAAAAGUUAAGGGGGCUAAGCGAAGAAGAAGACAAUCAAAGGUGGCUUUUUAUUACUGAAGAAGAUGUCAAAAACCUACCGUGCUUCGAGAAUGAAACUCUGAUAGCUAUUAAAGCUCCACACGGCACGACUCUGGAAGUUCCUGAACCCGAUGAGGCUGGAGAUUACCCACAGAGAAGAUACAAAAUCGUUCUUCGAAGCACCAUGGGACCAAUAGAUGUCUACCUCGUAAGUCAAUUCGAGGAGAUAAAUGCCUACGAAGCACAGCCAAGUAACCUUGACACAUCUGUUGCGAAUGAGACACCAACGGAGGAGAUUACACGAGAUGAAAUCAUUGGGCAGGGAGAAGGAGUUCAAAGGAUGUGCUUAGAGACGAGCUCAUCCCAUGAUUUCGUGAGUGGAAUCAUGAAGAUCGUACCAGAUGCUGACAGCGAUGCUGAUUAUUAUCUAUUGUCAGAGACGGAUGUAAGCAUCACUGACAUGUGGAGGACAGAAGAUGAGGUCGACUGGGAUACCUUGAACACACUACACGAAGGCUAUCCAGUGUCUAUCAUCAGCCCUUCACGAGAUCAAGCUCCACGACCGAGUAUAGUCCCAUCAGCAGGGAGCUAGAAGCUGAGCUUGUACUAUAUAUUCUUGAAGAAUCAUGUGUUGUUGUAUAAUGACAUUGCUGGCAAUGCUGCAGAAAUUCGAGAUUGUGUUCAACUGCUUAGGAUGGAUGGUCACUGUAUAGUUUCUGGGUAGUUAUUACUUAUUGCGCUUUUGCUAUGAACUAAUAAUUAGUCGGUACGAGGUUUUGUGUUGUGUAAAUUGGAAAAUUUGUUUCAUUGUAGCAUCAUCAUCAUCAUCAUGGAGAUUUAGUUGACAGUUCUGUAAUAUUCUAGCCAAGAUAGUGAACUCCUCUCUCACUA